CCUGGCUCCGGGGCUGCUGCCGGUACCCGUCCUUCCCCGCCGGCUCCCUCCGGGCUCUCCGUCCCUCCGUCCAUCCCUCCAUCCCCUCCCGCUUCGUUUUCUCGCCGUCCGCGGGCUCGGGCCCCCCACGCCGCUGCCACCCUGAAGUUUCUGGCAGUGCUGCUGGCGGCGGGCAUGCUGGCUUUCCUGGGGGCCAUCAUCUGCAUCAUCGCCAGCGUCCACCCGGCCGGCACCGCCGCUCCCGCCGCCCCCGCCGCCGACAAUGACUCGGCCGCCGCCGCCUCCCUCCUGCCCGCCGCCGACAAGGGGCUGGGAGCCCUGCACGGCCCCGCCGAGGCUCUGGCCAGCGCCGGGCCGCGCCUGCCGGGGGGGCCGCCGCUUUUCAGCCGCUUCGUGUGCACGCCCCUGAGCUCCGAGUGCCCGGCCACCGGUACCGGCCCCGCCAGCGGCGCCGGCCCCGAGGAGCUGCUGGCCCUGCGGAGCGCGGCGGCCCAGCUGCGCCGCACGGCGCUGGAGCAGAAGGAGCAGAUCCGUAUGGACCAGGAGACCAUCCGGGAGCUCACCGGCAAGCUCAGCCGCUGCGAGGGCGGCCUGCGAAACCCCCCGGGUCCCCCCGCCGCUUCCCCGCCGGCCGCCGGGCUCCGCGCCGCCCCGCGCCCCGGCACCAUGGGCCACCCCCCCGCCGAGCCGCCCGCCGUGCGAGAGCUGGAGGAGGCCGUCCGCGCCCUCCAGGACCGCAUCGACCGGAUAGAGCAGGAGCUGCCAGCCCGCACCAAUGGCUCAGUGCCCACCGCCCCGGCACUCGCCCGCGAUGCUCUUCACACCAAGAUGGAGCAGCUGGAGGAGCAGCUCCUCUCCAAGAUCCUGACCCUGCAGAAGGAGCGCCAGGCUGCCAGCACAGACCACAGCCAGCAGCAGCACAACAUUGAGAAGGAGCUGAACUCCCUCCAGAACCGGGUGAUGGAGCUGGAGCAUGGACCACCAGGCUACAGCCCUCCCGAUGCCUUCAAGGUGACCAUCCCAGUGCAGAACAACUACAUGUAUGCCCGCAUGAAGAAGAGCCUGCCAGAGCUCUACGCCUUCACCAUCUGCAUGUGGCUGAAGUCCAAGGCCACCACAGGACUUGGCACCCCUUUCUCCUACUCUGUCCCAAGCCAAGCUAAUGAGAUCGUGCUCCUGGAGUGGGGUACCAACCCCCUGGAGCUGCUCAUCAAUGAUAAGGUUGCCCAGCUGCCACUGAGCCUGAAGGACAAGGCCUGGCACCACAUCUGUGUGGCCUGGACCACCCGGGAUGGCAAGUGGUCGGCGUACCAGGACGGCGAGCAGCGGGGCGCUGGUGAGAACCUGGCCUCCUGGCAUGCCAUCAAGCCCCAGGGCGUCAUCAUCCUGGGCCAGGAGCAGGACACACUGGGCGGCCGCUUUGACGCCACACAGGCCUUCGUGGGGGAGCUGGCACAGUUCAGCGUGUGGGACCACAUGCUGGCACCGGUGGAGAUCCUGAGCUUGGCCAACUGCACCUCCCACCUCCAAGGCAACGUGAUCCAAUGGGACGACCAGGCAGUGGAAGUCUUCGGGGGUGCCAGCAAGGGGGGCUUCACUGCCUGCGAGGAAGGGAGGAAGGCGUGAGUGGCCCCCGCCCCCUCCCCAGUGCCAAGGAGCCCGGCAGCAGCCCUGAAGCAGGGAGCCCCUCACUCCCCUCCCAGACCAGGGAGCCUCGCUGCUGCACUGGGGUGAUGCUCAAUCCCCCAGUGCUGGUGUUCUGGGAGGGAAGGGGAGGCCUGGCAGCCUCCCUCUUGCCCCCAGACCAGCAGCGUGGCUUGUCCCCCUUCCCAGCACAUCUGCCCCUGGGUCUCAUUUUACCCUUCUUCUGUUUUGGGAGGACCUCACCAUGCCUGUUGGUGUCUCUGGUAUGGAGAGGGUCCCUGCCUUGUUGGCCCCAACAGGGAGCAGGAAGGAGACCUCCAUCCCCCCAAGCGUGGUCUGGCCUCAGUGGGAUGACAGAGUGUGGGCAUCCCCCGAGCACAUCCCUUUCCUUAUUUAUUUCUCACAUCCUGCUAUCUGGUUUAGUGAGCCUGUACUCCAAAUGAGCCCAAAGGCUUGACCAGGAGAGGGACCUUCCCCACUGGCCCAUCCCCUCUUCUUCUGCUGCCCUGCUUUUCCCUACCAGGAAGGAUGAGGGGGGAUGGGGGAGGGUUGGUGGAGCGGUGCUCCCUGCCUGCCCCCUCCCCUGCCUCCACUGCCUGUUUGGGCAGGGCUGCCCAAAGCAUGUCAGGUUUUUAAGGCAGAGGGAAACAAGACAGGACUCCCUCAGCCACGGUCAUCAGUCAGUGACCAGGGUGAAAGGGGCAAAGCAUCUCCCCUCAGCCCAGGCUGAGGAGGAGGGAGCACAGCACUGCCAGCAAAGGGAACAAAAACAAGGCAAAAAAAAAAAUGAGACAGCAGAUGGUGGCGGUCAGAGGAGCCCUGGCAUCCUUCCUCUGGCCUUUUGGGCACUGGAUCGGGAUGCUGCCCUCACUUCCACCUGGGUUCCCUGCUUUGAGCAGCUCCCAGCCAGGGAUGGGGCUGCCACCAGCCUUGGAACUAGGCGGGGCUUGUGGGGUGGGCUGUAUUUUCCCUGUGCAGUGCCUGAGAACACGCUGUUGCCACGCUCUGUGGUCACUGACAUCUUGAUACCUGAGUGUGUGUGUGUGUGUGUGUGUGUCUGGGGGGUGGGGGGGAUAUUUCAGGGGUCUCAUGGUUGCUCAAUGCAGUGUCCAGCUUCCAGUGCUCCCCGCUACCCCAAGUCCCUCUUUGUGCUUUCGGCAAUGACGGCCCCCCAGCCCGGGGGAGGCGAAGUGGGCAGAGGGGACGGCCCUGUUGCCCAGCAUUGCCACCCUGCGGGGUCCCCUCUGGCGGCGGAGUGGCUCUGCCUGCCAGGGGGGACACAGCAGGAGGACAGGACACAGCCCUUGUGCCAAGUGGGAAACACUGUGACCUUUGUGUACCCCGCCAAGCUGCCCCUUCUCCCUGCUUGCUCACGCGCUUUCCCGAAUGCACAUUUGUGAAAGGGGCCCCUGACGCGCGCCUGUGUUGGGAUGUUUCUUUUGUAAAGCUGAUUGUGGACAAUAAAUGUGACAUUUUCUGUUCGA